GCUGGCGGUUCCGAGAUGAAGUUGUAUCCGAGAACUCGGGAGGCGCUCCUCAGGGCAAGGGAAGUCAGGCUGGCAGAAACCUGAGGGUAGCAUUUCUCUGUUCAUAGCUGUUUGUUUGCACUCUGACCGGGAACACACUGGGAUCAUUUUCAUCAUGCCAACAGUGGUGGUAAUGGACGUAUCCCUUUCCAUGACCCGACCUGUGUCGAUCGAGGGGUCUGAGGAAUAUCAACGUAAGCACCUAGCAGCCCAUGGUUUGACGAUGCUGUUCGAGCACAUGGCCACAAAUUACAAGCUUGAGUUUACAGCCCUGGUGGUUUUUUCCUCACUUUGGGAGCUGAUGGUUCCCUUCACAAGAGAUUACAACACACUUCAGGAAGCACUAAGUAAUAUGGAUGAUUAUGAUAAAACCUGCUUGGAAUCUGCGUUAGUUGGUGUUUGCAAUAUCGUUCAGCAAGAAUGGGGUGGUGCGAUUCCUUGCCAGGUUGUUCUGGUGACAGAUGGCUGUCUUGGCAUUGGUAGAGGGUCACUUCGGCAUUCCCUAGCUACUCACAGUCAACGAGGCGAGAGCAACAGGUUUCCGCUACCUUUUCCUUUCCCAUCUAAGUUAUACAUCAUGUGCAUGGCAAAUCUGGAGGAGCUUCAGAGUACUGAUUCCUUGGAUUGUCUUGAACGUCUCAUAGAUUUAAACAAUGGCGAAGGACAGAUUUUUACUAUCGAUGGCCCCCUGUGCUUGAAAAAUGUACAGUCUAUGUUUGGAAAACUGAUAGAUCUGGCGUAUACACCUUUCCACGCUGUUCUCAAGUGUGGCCACCUCACUGCUGAUGUGCAGGUCUUCCCCAGACCAGAGCCCUUUGUUGUAGAUGAGGAAAUCGAUCCCAUCCCUAAAGUCAUCAACACAGAUUUGGAAAUAGUGGGAUUUAUUGAUAUAGCUGAUAUUUCAAGUCCCCCAGUUCUGUCCAGACAUCUGGUCCUACCAAUAGCACUUAACAAAGAAGGUGAUGAGGUGGGUACUGGCAUAACUGAUGACAAUGAAGAUGAAAAUUCAGCCAAUCAAAUUGCGGGCAAAAUACCCAACUUUUGUGUCCUGCUCCAUGGCAGCCUGAAAGUAGAAGGAAUGGUGGCAAUAGUUCAGUUAGGUCCUGAAUGGCAUGGAAUGCUCUACUCACAAGCUGACAGCAAGAAGAAAUCAAACCUCAUGAUGUCUCUCUUUGAGCCUGGCCCAGAACCUCUCCCAUGGCUAGGGAAAAUGGCACAGUUGGGUCCUAUUUCAGAUGCUAAAGAAAACCCUUAUGGAGAGGAUGACAAUAAGAGCCCAUUUCCCCUGCAGCCCAAAAACAAACGCAGUUAUGCUCAGAAUGUGACCGUCUGGAUCAAACCCAGUGGCCUGCAGACAGAUGUACAGAAGAUUUUAAGAAAUGCAAGGAAACUACCUGAAAAAACACAGACAUUCUAUAAGGAGCUAAACCGUUUACGAAAGGCUGCCCUGGCAUUUGGUUUCCUGGACCUGCUCAAAGGGGUGGCUGACAUGCUGGAAAGGGAGUGCACGCUGCUGCCCGACACAGCGCACCCGGACGCCGCCUUCCAGCUGACCCACGCUGCCCAGCAGCUCAAGCUAGCCAGCACCGGCACCUCUGAGUAUGCCGGCUACGAGCACAACAUCACACCUUUGCAUACAGACUUCUCCGGGAGCAGCACUGAAAGAAUGUGAAACUGACUUUGGGAGCCUUCCUGCUUUCUUUCAUGACAGGUGAAAAGGAUUUAGGGUAAAAACUUUCCAGUUUGUUCACCUCUGCAAGAGCUCCCCCUCCCCCCAAGACUUCCCUGAGGUUGCCUCGGAAGCACCACUUGCUGGGCUGUGCUGCUUGGGCUUUGACCUUGGUUUUCUGGAGCUGAGUCUUUAAGCCCCAAAAAACCACUGUUGCUCCCACAGUGAGCACACCUCCUGAGUAACUUAAAGGACUGAUGAAUACAGAGCUCUCCCCACUUCCUCCUAAUCAGCGGGGGUUCUCAGGCUUCCUAAAGGUACCUCCUCUCCUCUCCCAACCUUAGGGACAUUUUCCAGCUUCUGUCCUUGGAAUGAGCAGCCCAGCUCAGACUGUCUGGGAUUUGCUAAAUACGAGUCCAACACCAUUAAGUUUCAGAACUGUCCUUAGAACUUGGGCAAAAACUUGAUGGUAACCCUUUGGUGUAGUGUGUCUUGAGAUAUAGACUUAAACAGCAGCUAUAAAUGUAUAAAAUGAUUCCUACUUC